ACAAGGUACACAUCUGCACGCAGCCGUGCCUGUGAGGCGUUAUCGUACCGUGGAGCUCUAAGAAGGAUCGCUGGUGGUCCCUGCGCGCUGCUGCAGAAGUUUGAAAGCACAACUCGACGCCUAAGGCCCGCGAGAGCGUGCUUGCAGCCAAGUGCGUUUUAGAGCAAGCGCAAUCGCUGCACGCCAUCGCCGCGACCCGCAGUGGAGCAUUAGCGUUCACGCUCAAAGAUGUGCCAGCCGCCGAAAGAGCCGCCGGUCGACGCCGCGGCCGCGAUAAAGCAACUCUACGCGCGCCACGACCCGGAUAAACUGAACGAGGUCGACGCGCUCCUGACAAAGUUUAAAGGAAGAGAAGCUCAGCUCCUCGCCGCCGUCACGGCGAAGUACUGCCCGGACGACGUGGAUCGGUUCGCGCGGAUCGUCAAGCUCUUUUCGGAGGACGCCGACGUGAACAGGAUGCUGCGCGGUUUUGAUGAGGACGCCACGGCCAAAGGGAUCGAUAAACGACGGCUCAUCAUGUUCAAAUGCCCGACCGUCGACACGCUUGUUAUUCUAGGCGACAAGCAAAAUCUGAUGACAAGGAUGAGUAGUAAUGGUGUCGAGCUCGACAUCUCCUACCUGCCCAUCGAGCAACUACGGCCCAUGGUCGCUCAGAUUCUGGAAGCGCCGGGCGACAACGCCAUCUACGCGACGACCCUGGAACAGACGGAGUCCUUCGACCCGGAGAAGGAGAUGUCUCUCUUAGUAUGCGCGCCGAGCGGGGCGGAAAACCUCGUCCGCCCGAUGCUUGUGCCCCGCCUCUCCUCGUAACUUACUCGGUGACUAGUCACUCAGGGGUCCGCCGCGGGCGUCGGCUUCUUCUUGCGCGGCCGCGGCUGCGGCUCGGCGCGCGGCUGCUGGUUCUCCAUCUGCUGCGCGAUCUUGCCGCCCAUGCCCGCCAUCUGGACGAUCUGCAGCACGGAGGACCCGACGACGACGAAGAGGAAGAACCCGAUCAUCAGCGGGCCGAUGGGCGCCUUGCCCUUCUUCUCCUUCUUGUCGGAGACGACGCCGCGCUUCGUCACCUUCUGCGAGUGCUUGUCGGAGCGCAACCUUGUCGCUCGCGGGGCGGGCAUGGUUGUCUGUCGGCGGCGCUGCUGCAAGUAUGUUGCUACUGCUGCAAAAGUGCUGCAAAAGUGCUACACCAGCAGCGAUGAUGGUCCGCAGCCUUUAUAGCAAGGUUGUGGUUUACGCUGUCGACGACGUCGCAGCGAUAGCGUAUCGGUGUGAGCCGUGAGGGCGCCGCGUAGGUCACAG